UGGGGGCGUGGCUUCUUGGCCGUUGAACAGGUAGGUCCAGAUGCCAUCAUAAAAAGGGCAGGUCCUCGCCUUUGGCUGAAACUUAGAUUUGCUAAGCUGCUGUCUGUUACAUUCAGUGGGAAUUAGUAUCUAGAAAACAGCAACCAUGGUCCGAGAAGUGACAACGCUAGGUGAAUUCAAGAAAAUCCUGGAAGAGUCGGGAAACAAGCUGGUGGUUGUGGACUUCACUGCAACAUGGUGUGGGCCCUGUCGUAGGAUUUCUCCGAUAUUUGAAAAAAUGUCAAAAGAACCAGAGAACAAUAACGUGGUUUUCCUGAAGGUGGAUGUGGACGAGGCCGAUGAUGUAAGCCGUCAUUGUGGUAUCCGUUGCAUGCCUACAUUCCAUUUCUACAAGGGAGGUAAGAAGGUGGAGGAGUUUAGCGGUGCCGAUGAAAAAAAACUCAAAGAACUGCUGACAAAAUUGAGAAAUUAAUAAAAGUCAGACUGACCAGAGCAGAAAAAACACUGUAUGAUGCAUGAGUAACCUGUGUUACCUCUGUAUGGAUUUAAUAAAUGAAUCCAACCUUAAUCUGCCUGGAUACA